AUGGAGAAGGAAAGUGGGACAAAGAGAGAGAGGAAUCUCAGAGAUUUGGGUGGAGAGAAAGCUGACUUAGAUUCCAGUAAUGUGUGGAAAAAUGGCAAUAAUAAUUUGUCGGUGCAAGGUCCAUACCAGCGGACCCUGUUGAAGAACCUCCUGAAGGAUUAUAACCGCAUGGAAAGGCCUGUUGCAAAUGACUCUCAACCUCUAACUGUCUUUCUGUCUAUGAGCUUGAUACAGAUCAUGGAUGUGGAUGAGAAAAAUCAAGUACUUACCACCAAUAUCUGGCUAAACAUGCACUGGUAUGAUCAUUAUCUGCAGUGGAACCAAUCUGAGUACCCAGGUGUCAAAAACCUUCGCUUCACCACAGACCAAGUGUGGACACCAGACAUCCUGCUCUACAAUAGUGCAGAUGACAAGUUUGACUCAACCUUCAAAUCGAAUAUUGUAGUAAACUCCAGUGGCUACUGCAACUACCUGCCUCCAGGUAUCUUCAUGAGCACCUGUAACGUGGAUGUACGCUGGUUUCCAUUUGACAUCCAGCAGUGCGAGCUUAAAUUCGGCUCGUGGACGUUUGACGGAUGGCUGCUGGAUCUCCAGAUGAAUGAGGCUGAUAUCUCUGGCUACAUGCCCAACGGAGAGUGGGAUCUUGUGGGUGUGCCGGGCACAAGAAACGAGCUGUACUAUGACUGCUGUAAGGAACCCUACCCAGAUGUGACAUUUGUGGUGACCAUCCGCAGACGGACGCUCUACUACGCCUUAAACCUUCUCAUUCCCUGCGUCCUCCUUUCAUCAAUGACCUUACUUAUCUUUCUACUGCCUGCCGACUCCGGAGAGAAGAUUUCACUAGGUAUUACUGUGCUACUCUCAUUAACAGUCUUCAUGUUAUUGGUGGCAGAAAUCAUGCCAGCAACCUCAGACUCCAUCCCGCUAAUAGGACAGUAUUUUGCCAGUAUAAUGAUCAUUGUUGGAAUGUCAGUUAUUGCGACGGUGGUUGUGCUCCAAUAUCACCAUCAUGACCCCAACGGAGGGACCAUGCCCAAAUGGGUUCAGCUAGUCCUACUCCAGUGGGUGGCCUGGUUUUUGCGUAUGAAGCGUCCUGGUGAGAGUGAAGACCCUGAGCGCCCUCCUUGUGCCCCUCACUUAAGACGUUGCUCUUCAGGUUCCCAGAGCGGCAGCCUCCCAAACGCACCUGGCUCCACCUCUGCAGACCUCCACCACCACCACCACGUGUCCUCUACACUACACCCGCUUCAUCCCCAAAGCCUCCUUCAAGCCGCCGCAGCCGCCGGCCACACCCACCAUCUUCACAACCAGACCAACAGUGCCAACAACAAUGGCAACCUUCUCUACAUCGGGUUCUCCAGUCUCGACGAAGCUUCGCCACCAUCAUUGCUCGCAGAAUCUGUGCAAAGAAACAGCAUGUUGGGUGUCUCGCGUCCUGCGGUGGUUUCGCCUCCAGCGGUAGGCUCCAGUCCGCCACCUCACCUGCCCUCACAGUUCUGCAGCCCUCCGCCGCCUCCCACUCCCAAUCUGGAGGCCACGGGUUGUCCGAGCACAGUGUCCGGUGGCGGCGGAGGCUGUUCUUGCUCGGGGACCAGCGGCGGAGGAGACCCACAGCUUCAGGCUAUUUUAGAAGAGGUGCGAUACGUUGCUGAUAGGUUCCGCGGACAGGAUGAGAACGACAGCGUGGCCGAACAGUGGAAGUUUGCUGCAGCCGUAAUAGACCGACUUUGUCUGGUGGCAUUCAGCGUUUUCAACAUCAUCUGCACCAUCUCCAUUCUUAUGUCAGCACCUAACUUUGUGGAGGCAGUUUCCAAGGACUUCAUCUGAUUGCUUUGUUGGAAAAGAACGUUCAUUCGGGAAACUUGGGUUUGACCGUAAAUGGAGAAUAUUCAUCUCCCUAAAACAGUGACUUAGCUUUUUUUCCAAGACUGUGUUUGGAAUAAUGCAGAAUCUUGAGGUCUGGAUCGAGAACGCUUCUGAUUGGACAUUUGAGGCUCGCUCAGACAUCUAAAACUGAACUAUGGUGGUGGAACGCUAAAGACCUUCACUGCAAGGUGUCUGUAAAUGACGAAGGGGUUGGUUCGCUAUAUGGUAAAAUGUUUGGCUAUGGAAUGAAUGAAAACCUAAACAUAAAAAGUGAAACACUGAUUACUGACCUUCUAACUGUGUCGAACGCCUCAUAACCCGACAUGAACCUCUGAGGAACGGCCAGUAAAGUGUUAAUCAAACUUGUGUGACAUUGUACAUCUUACAUCUAGCACAGUGCAAAACUUCUCUAAGAUGUCAAAAUCUAUUUUGGUAACGUUCAUCAAUGGGAAGAUGAAGAUAGAGGGAGGGAAGAGCAGAAGAGACAGAGAGAAAUAUUGAUAAUAGUGGCAGACGUGAGGUGAAUGGCUCAUAUGAACCCAGAUCAAAAAAUCUCAUCUUAAAAAAAUGAAAAAGGCACUUGUUUCAAGGACAGAUAGGAGAGUUGGACAACUGCUAGCGGGUUUGAGUAGUUCAGAUAAUGGAGAGAUACAGAAGAAGUGAAAGAUGGAAGACCCCUCUGACGUGGACAGAGAUGUAGACCGAUGGAGAGAUUAGGGCCUCACAAGACGACGAGGCAAGAGCAGAACAAGGGUAAUGAAAGACAAAAUGAGACAGAGUGUAUUAGAGAAAGAGACACAGUCAGCGCAAAACGAGAGAAGGAUGGGCUGAAGAAGUGGUUCAGACAAGUGGAUAAGAAAAUGAAAGAGUGAUAGGGGAAUUAGAGAGAGAUGGUCAGAAACAGACGGAGAAGGCGGUUGGGGGGUAAGUGAGACUCAGCAACAUUUACUGGCAAGAGGAAAAAUGGCUUCGCAGCUUGAGAGAAAUAGCGCAUCAUGCCCCCAAAAAGCCAAACAGUGAGUGCAUCCGUCACAAAACAGAUGAGGAGAGAAAAACAUACUGCGGAAGGGAAGUGGGAGAGAAUGUGGGAAGAAAGACUAAUAAUCCCCUGAGACAUACUGGAGAAAUGGCACAAAGACAGUGGAGACAUGCGUAGAAUCUACUUUCCUCACUUCCAUCAUCUCUGUGAAAUGACAGACAGUGAGAGGUGUUCAGAGAUGAUCCUAUGAAUAUCUAAGUAGGAGCAGAGCCACAACCACAGCAACUGUGCCCUGAUUCUCUACUGUCACUUAAAAAAAAAAACGGGUAUUUGAGGAAAAUUCUUGCUCUGUUUUUCCCACUUACAGAAACAGUGUCCUACAAAUGUUUGGAAACGCCUUGGGUAAAGUGGGGUUUUGCACAAUAUCAGCAUAAAUCCUUACCAUUUUGUGAUGAUUUUGCAUUGAUAAGAGACUACACAAACCUUUUCGUGAAUAAAAUAUUAACGUAUCCAGAACAUACGCAAGCUGCUGUAACCUAUUUUGUGAUAGGUCUGUUAAUCAAUCCUUAAAGCUCUAAAAGUGUGCUGACCCAAUAAUCUUCAAAAAAGAAACCUAGGCCAGUUAAAUCCAGUAAAAAGCAUUAAAAUCUAACUCUGGUGAGUAUUUAUUUGCAUCAUGAAAGAAAAUCACUUUUAUUGAUCUUCAGUAAUAAUUGCAAGUUACUUUAAUGCUUCCAUUCUAAGAAAUGAUUUGAGAAGGAUUUGUGCUGACAUUGUUCAAAGCCAACUGGGGGCUGUUUUCGCAUCCAUUGUUCGGCUUGUCCAUAGUUUUCUAUGUAAACAUGGACUCGAAGGAUGUUUCACUGCUGCGUUUGCGUCUCACAUCUUUUGCGCCGUCUUUCGCAUGAACGGUUCUAGCGGUCCUUUUUCUACUACCCUGCAUCUCAUGAACGAAUUCUGUGUUAUCUUAGUAAUAUCUGUGAUAUCUUAGGAUGUUUUCAAACUUUUGUAGGGCACUGCACAACCAAUGAACAUUAAGCAAAAUAUUACCAUUUCAGUUGGCUUGUCAAUAAUUCUUGACAUUUAAAGCUAUUGAGUGUAAUUUGAAAAAAAAACAAACAAACAUUGUUUCCAAACAGGUUUCCUGAACAUUACCCCGAUCUGCCAUUGUUUGGGCAAACAAGUAGUCAACCACAAAUCCAUAUCAUUAAACCAGUCUUGCUAUUUGAGGGGCUCAGGAAAUUAUUUAAAAUCAGUGCACUUUGUGACCAUAUUGGUAUCAGCUAUUUCCAGUCAUGCAAGUACAGCUCUAUACUAAAUGGGGAACAAGCAAAAUCUCCUAAACCAUUGGUCAGUGUUAUGAUGUCUGGUAUCAUAAAUUGUACUUCUGAUAAAAUCAUGCAAAAUAUGUAUUGUUCAGAUUCACAGGUCCAUAUUCAUGAGUAAUCAAACAGGAGAUGCCUCUAAAAACUUGACUGGCUGUUAUUGAUCAUUACGAUCAUUCCUGUUCAUUGGAAAGCAAUGUAAGCUGAGGUACAUCUUCAGGGAAACCUGUUUUUGCAGUUGGGUUUGUUGAUGCUAGUGGCAUAGAAAUGAUUUCACUGAACAAGUUGUAAAUAACCUGGGUUGUUUCUUUGAAGGUUGAGUGGCUCUAGUUGAGUUUGAUAGAAAACAAGGCUAUUGUGUUGUUGAAUUUAAUUCUUGUUAUGUGACUUACUGGACCUGGCACUUCACAGAAAACAGAAAUAGAGUUGCAGAUGAACAAUUCACAGUGAUGGUCUUCAGAGGAAUGACUGAAGAGUAUUGUGGUUUCACACUAAAUGGAUUGUAUACUGUUUCAAAUCUGCCUUUAGACUCAUCUUUCAGGUGAAUUUUUAUGAUAAACCAGAUGGAAAACUUUUUUUCUGCGAAACAUUUCUGGUGACAGCACAUAUUGCAAGUACUACUUUAUUGCUACCGUCAUUAUAGCAAUUAGUGGUUGUUCCGGUAUUAAUUAAAGUUCAUCCAAAAAGGUACACGCUGCCAAAAGAUUGCUGCUGCUCGCUGUGCUCUUAUGAAAUGCCAGCCAUCUCGUCUUAAUGGGGGACCAAGCAAAUUACUUUCAAAUUUCUCUCUCUCUCUCUCUCUCUCUCUCAGAUGCAGAC